AUGGGGUCUAGAUACGAAGUCGAGGUCACAAUCUCGUCUGCCAAGGACUUGAAGAACGUCAACUGGCGCCACGGCAAGCUGAAGCCAUAUGCCGUUGUUUGGGUUGAUCCAAAAGCCAAGUGCUCCACCAGAAUCGACGAGGAGGGCGAUACGUGUCCUUACUGGAACGAGAAGCUUGUAAUUCCGUUCAACUCUCCGGUGGAGGAAUCAACCCUCCACGUGGACAUCGUACACGCCAACGCCGCUGAGGGCACCAAGCCUCUGAUCGGCUCGGCUAAGCUUCCGCUGCGGGAAGUCGUAGACGACGUCGGAUUUGGGAACCGAUUGGAGAAGAGGCUCGAGCUCAAGCGUCCCUCUGGACGGCCACAUGGGAAACUGGAAGUGAAUGUUACCGUGCGCGAGCCGCGCUACCGUGCCCCGGAUCCAUACUACGCGCCGUACGGAGUCCCUCCACCGGGGAGUAGAGACUACACUGCAGCACCACAACCAUACGGCAACCCCUACGCAGCUCCGCCGAUGCCGGCUUAUUCUGCUCCGCCGUCGGGUUAUCCCUACAGUGCUCCUUCCUACGGUCAACCAAGUUACGGGCAGCAAGCAUACGGGCAGCAAUACGGGCAAAGUGGUUACUCCGGGCAGCCGGGGUAUGCGGUAGAGGAGAAGAAGAAGAGCAAAUUCGGUGGGAUGGGGACAGGAUUGGCUGUGGGUGCGGUUGCAGGAGUGUUAGGUGGACUCGCAUUGGCUGAGGGCGUUGAUGCGCUGGAGGACCAUGUUGCCGAUGACGUGGCGGAUCGUGUGGAGGAUGAUUGGGGAAACGAUGGUGGUGAUGAUUACUAG